AUGAAAAGGCCCACCAGACCAAGAUCUCACGAACAGCUGGAAUUCGUGGUGAAUAGCUUAUUUUUCUGCCCAUCAUGCACGAUAUGGCGCACCGCCAGACCACUUCGAUGUGGCUUUCGAAGAGCACUCUCUACGACUCGACGAAACUCUGCGAUUCCUACCUCUCAUACUGCCGUCAAUGCGACAAAAAGUGUCCCUGCACGUUAUAAACCUCUCCACGAAGCUCUGGGGGAAGUAUGGAAGAAGGCAUCGGCGCAGGUCAACCUGAGUCGACUGCAGCUUGCACUGCAAGGGCUCGAGUCGGAAACACCAGCCACGAGGGUAGCAGUGCUAGGCUUGAACGUGCAAGACACGGCGCGGAGACUCGUGCGGUUACUACUGGCUGAUGCGCUGGAAGAUGAAGGGUCAUGGGAGAAGCACAUACUAGAUUCCACGACUGCUUUCAGCCACGGGCUGGUAAUUCGGUAUGGACAACCGCCAAACCCAAACCUUCCUCAACCCAGGACCUCGACACCAAUCCUUUACGUGCCCUCGGCUGUCUUGUUGAGGAAUAAUAUGGAAAUACUGGUCUCAACGAUACGAGGACUGGGCAAUGGCGAGCUACUACAAGGCGCCCACACGGUCACUGCGGACGCGUUCCUGUCGCCUUCAGUAGGUACGCCUACGGCAGCAAGUGGCAGGCAGGUUACGAUCAACCAGCCUGUACACAGCACGCUGCUCGUCACAAACGGGCUGGACGAGCUUUUGGCAGCUGCAGAGUUGCUUGCUUCUACGAAUUUUGUGGCUCCGGAAGACCGAAAGUCUGUCCAGUCAGUGGUGAACCUGGAGGGCAUCAAGCCGAGGGCCCCUGGACAAGUACUGAUCGUCGAUGCAACCAAGGCAGAGGAAGGCCUCGCAGCAAUCCGCCGAUCUGUAACCGAGGCGAGAACUUAUGAGCACAAAUGGAUCGACUCUGGACUUCCUUCAUUAACGACCUGGCUCACUUCUGCAUCUGCUGCUCGCUCCGAUGAACCGAUUCCAGCACCAGUGAAGACCUUGAUAAGCUCGGUUCUCACCAAUGCCACGAGGAAUCUGCAAGCGCAAGCCGCUCUAGAGCAGCGAUCCAAUGCGGCUAGGAGCAUAAACUAUGCUACAAAGGCUAAGCUAGAAAACUUGAUCGAAGAGUUUUCUCGAAAUGCGCAUCAGGAGCUCCAGUCAGGAUUAUCGUCAGCAUGGAGAUCGCGCAACUGGCGGAAACUGGCAUGGUACAAACUCUUCUGGCGAGUUGAUGAUGUCGGAUUGAUCAUUACCGAUCUCGUCACAAACGCAUGGCUGCCACGUACCGAACGGGCCGUGUAUGAAAUAUCUGGCCGCUUCUCUCAGGCAGGAAUAUCCCUGAUGGACGUCUCCCACACCGAUAAUACUUCAACCCUCCCUAAAACAGAGGAGAUAGUGGAGCCUAGCCAAGUAUUACAAGCACAAGCAGGAAUUGCGACCGAACCGGCCAUAGAACCAGUGGUGGUCAAUAGGGCGGGGAAGGCGGAGAUUGAAAUGGCGCCCAUUCCACGUCCAGUGCCUUUGUCCUCUUCGAUUUCUACCAUUCGUGCUACCCAGAUUGAUCGUGCCAUUACUAGCUUAACCAGCACGGCUCAACAGAUUGUGCUCAAGACACUGUCCCUGACUGGCCUCUCAGCUGGACUGUCUGGGUUGACAUACGUAUCCGUGGCAGGCAGCAUGUACGAGGCUGGAACCAUCGUUGCUCUCGGCACGGCAUUUGCUCUGUGGCGAAUGCAGACCGACUGGCUGAACGCCACCAAGUCUCUGGAGACAGGAUUGCACGAAGAAGGCAAGACGUUGAUCCGGAGGAUAGUUGGCAGAAUGAGAGACUUGGUCGAGCAAGGCAGCAAAAUUGUCGAGGAUGAGGUUGAGGUUCGCACUCGGAGGGAGGCCGAGGAUGCAGUGCUCAGGGCGAAGGAGGAACUCGAACGUCUGAAGUAG